UCUGGGGUGUAGACAUGUGCUUGGGGGAGUGCUCCUGUGGGUGUCUGCAUGUGUGUUGACGUGAUCAGUCCCAGGCAGGUGGGAAGCCCCCAGAUUUGCGAGUCUAGACACAGGGCAGGCCUGGAUUCCUGUGACUCACUUCUUCCCCUCCAGCCCAAUCUACCCUAUACCCAGCCUCCCAGCAGAAAGGACGCCCAGAGGAGGACGGGCUGGUUAGUGAGUUCCUGACGAGCUGGUUACAGGACUUGGUGACCUUCAAGGAUGUGGCAGUGGAGUUCACCCAGGAGGAGUGGGCAUUGCUGGACCCCUCUCAGAGGACACUGUACAGAGACGUGACGCUGGAGAACUGCCGGAACCUGGCCUCGCUUGGGUGUCAUGUUGACAAACCCAAUCUGAUAUCCCAGUUGGAACAAGAAGACAAGGUGAUGACAGAGGAGAGAGGAAUUCUUUCAGGCACUUGUCCAGAUGUGGGGAUUGUACUUAAAGCCAAAUGGCUACCUCCCAAGAAGCAUGUUUUUAGAAAAGAACAGUCUAAAGGUGUAAAAACGGAAAGAAGUCACCGUGGAGUGAAACUCAAUGAAUGUAAUCAGUGUUUUAAAGUCUUCAGCACAAAAUCUAACCUUACUCAGCACAAGAGAAUUCACACUGGAGAAAAACCCUAUGACUGUAAUCAAUGUGGAAAGUCUUUCAGCAGUAGAUCUUACCUCACUAUUCAUAAAAGAAUCCACAAUGGGGAGAAACCCUAUGAAUGCAAUCACUGUGGGAAAGCAUUUAGUGAUCCCUCAUCUCUUAGACUGCACGUGAGAAUUCACACCGGAGAAAAACCCUAUGAAUGUAACCAGUGUUUUCACGUCUUCCGCACCAGUUGUAACCUCAAAAGCCACAAGAGAAUUCAUACGGGGGAGAAUCACCAUGAAUGUAAUCAGUGUGGAAAGGCUUUCAGCACAAGGUCCUCCCUUACUGGGCACAAUAGCAUUCAUACAGGGGAGAAGCCUUAUGAGUGUCAUGACUGUGGGAAAACCUUCAGGAAGAGCUCAUACCUGACACAGCAUGUGAGAACUCAUACUGGAGAAAAACCCUACGAAUGUAACGAGUGUGGGAAAUCCUUCAGCAGUAGCUUUUCUCUUACUGUGCAUAAGAGAAUACAUACCGGAGAAAAACCCUAUGAAUGCAAUGACUGUGGGAAAGCAUUUAAUAAUCUGUCAGCUGUUAAGAAACACGUGAGAACUCACACUGGAGAAAAACCCUAUGAAUGUAAUCAAUGUGGAAAAUCUUUCACUAGUAACUCUUACCUUUCUGUGCACAAGAGAAUACAUAAUAGGUGGAUAUGAAUUUCUGUGGGAAAGUGCUCACUGAUCGCUCAUCUCUAAGACAACUUGAGAGCAUUCACACUGGAUGUAUAAGUUAUCAGUCACAGCAUAACAAAUUAACCUCCCCAAAAUGUUGUGGCUUCAAACAACAAAUACUUAUUAUCUCACAAUUUCUGUAGGUCAGGAAUCCAGGAAUGGCCUAGCUGUGUAGUCAUGCCUCAAGAUCUCUCAUGAGGUUGCAGUGGAGAUGUCGGCCAGAGCUGCGGUCACCUGAAGUCUUUACUGUUAAAGGCUCCACUUCCAGGAUGGCCCAUUCACAUGCCCAGAAAGUUAAUGUUGGUUGUUUCAGGAGACCUGCAGUUCUUCACCAUUUAGGUGUCUCCACAGGGCUCAGUAUCUGAUUUGGCAGCAAGUUCCCCCCAAAAGCAAGUGACCCAAGAGAGGGCCAGUACAGAAGCCACGAUGUCGUCUAUGAACCAGCCUCAGAAGGACAUAUUUUCACAUCUUUCCUUCUGGGCGCACACACCAAUCCCAAUAAAGUGUGGGAGAAGACUACACAAGGUGUGAAUGCCAUGAGACAGAUGACUGGGAAACUUGCCAUGAAAACAGAGAAUAAAAGCCUCCAGCACACCUUCGUCCUUUUACUCUAAUCAAUGUGAAAUAGCAUUCAGUAACUCACCUGUUAAUUCAGUCUGGAGAGAGAACUUAAUGAGUACAAUCUGCGUGGUAAAGCUUUCAGCUCACGCUCCUACCCUAAUGUGCCCAAAAGAUUAUAUACUAUAAAGACCUGAAGGAUGGAACAGCUAUAGGAAAGCCCUGAUAUCUCCAGGGAUUCAGAUGAGAGUUCACAUGGAGAGAGAAACCUUCUAUGAAGGUCUUCAGCAUACAGAAGCUUCAGGGACACUCAUCUUUGUGACUCACACAGGAAAUCACCCAGCAGACAAACACAUAUAAAAAAAACAUGGAAAACUCUACAGCGAAAGUAUUCACAUUACGGAGUAAGAGAUAGUGAGGUCUUCUGGCUGCAGCAAAUACGGGAAAGCACUGAAUGUUCUCUCAGUUUUUAAUAGAGACAAAUAAUUCUGGAAAGAAAGUCCCAUUGAAUGUCAUCAGUAUUGGAAACUUUCCAUUUUUCCACGUUAUUAUUAGGAAACUUGUGGGAACUCACACCGCAAACAAACUCGCAAAUGUAAAGAAUGAGAGAAAGUUUUCAAUGAUGCCUCUGUGUUAGGAAAAAUAUGAAAAUCCUCACUGGAUGCAAAACCUUUGAGUGUAUUAUCAAUUUUGGAAAAAUGUUCAGUGAUUCUCUCUUGUAUGGAGGAAACCCUAGAAAUGCACUCAGUGUUAGGACGCUUCAGCCCAGCUCUUUUCUGAGUGGCCACAAGGUAAUUUAUACUGAGAACAAAAAGUGUAAAUGGUGAGAGUGUGGGGUUAGUGUUAUCUGUGUCUCAUUGGUAGGUUGGGCCACUGGGUCAUUAAUUUUUAGUCUUUUUGUUUUAAUAUAAACAUUCAUGUCUAUAGCUAGUCCCUAAAAUAAACCAUAACUUACAUUCAUUCCAUAA